CGCGUCUCGCAGAAGGAGAUCUCCCAGGAAGGCCAACAGGAUGGCUGGACGGCUGCCGAACGGCAGACGGGCAGGCACAUCCGGCGGAUCUAUCAAUCGCCAACGCAGUGCGGGGUCGGUGGCGAAGCAGCCGUACGACCUGAGGUUGUAUGCGCACCUGCCUUCUCACGAGAUUCCUCUGCCGCCGUCGGAUGACAAGGGGGGGGAAGCCAGGUCACCGACUUUGCCGUUGGGAAGCGGUUCUAUGCAGGACUGGGAGGCUACUCAAUCGUGUGGCGACAGGGGGGUGGAGACGCCGUGGUCUUACACGUCACUUCUGAACGAGGGGCUGUGCGAUGACGACGGCGAUGCAGCGGUUGAUCUGAGCUUUCAUCAAUCGAGCAGCAGCGGAGCAGCCGCAACGCACACUCGGAUCAUCAAUCCCCACCCGGGUGGGGAUUACGCGGACAACACGCCGAGCGUCGGUGAAGGUGAUCGUAAUAACUCGUCGCCGAGCGUAGGUGGAGGAAUCGGUGCGCGUAAACGACCGGACUGGAUGUGCUUGUCGCCUGCGGCGCGAAGCGGACCCGACGCUAGUCGAGGGCGGCAGCCGGCGGAGGAUUUGAUUGGGGGAGUUCCGGACGUGGAACGCAACGGCACGCAGGUCUGGGCAAAAUGCAGGCAGGAGUUGCAUCGAGGUGAAACGGAGACGAUCACCAGAGGGGUGCAACGGCUGCACGUUGACGAAGUGGAAGACGCGGCUGUUGAUGAGGGGCAGGGGUGUGACGACGUGGACGGCGAGGACGGUUGCAAGUCCGACGAUUUGCCAGACAUCAGGCCACUUGGGAGGAGGGCGACGAGAGGCGGAUCCGGUGCUAAGAAGGGCCCCGCCACGAAACCGAGACGGACGAAGAACAUGGAUGACGAUGGCGAGGGCAGCCGGAAUUUCUGGUCGGUGGGAGAUACGGUCGCGCUCGUGAGGGCGAAAAGGGAUCAAGAUCUGUAUAUCACCGGCCUGGGGACUAGUUUCACCCGCAUGAAAACGGCCGCGUGGAAAUGGGAGGACGUGCGGGUGAGGUUGCAGGCGAUGGGAGUGACAAGGGAUGCCGUCGACUGCGGGAAGAAAUGGGACAACUUGAUGCAGCAAUUCAAGAAGGUGCACAAGUUUCAGAACCUCUCCGGCGGGAAGGACUACUUCAGGCUUGCUUCGAGGGACAGGCAAUCGGAGGGCUUCAGCUUCGGCAUGGACCGGAGCGUGUACGACGAAAUGGAGGCCAUGACGAAGGGGGAUCACAGGAUCCACCCGACAAAUUUGGCGGAUACUGGGGCGGCGGGGGGGGUUCAAAUGCCCGCAAGCGUGGGGGGGGGGGGGGGGGGCACCUUGGGCGGCGAUGGUGGAGGGGAUACGGCAGACGAGGAGCAGGGGUCGACGAAAGACUCGUCAUUCAGCGUGGGGAGCGGCGGCGGUUAUGGGAAGAGGAAGAACAUGCGGCAACAAACCUUUGAAGCCGUCGCCGACAUAAUGGAGAAGCAUGGUGUGGUUAUUGCGGGCACAAUGGACAGCGCCAGCAAGCGGCAAUGCUAUAUGAUGUCACGGCAGUGCAAAAUCCUAGAGAGCGAGGUGGAGGUGCAGAGGAAACACUAUGCAGCGGCGGAUGAGGCGAAUAGAAUGAUGUGCGACGCCCUGCUGGAGAUAGCAAAAGUCAUCCGCGAGAGAUCAUGACUGGCGCGCACUUUCAUGUCCAUCCG